AUGUCUGGAGUGCAUGAGGUGUUUGUGGAGUCAAGUGUUCGAGGUUAUCACGCAUACUUUAAAUAUUCGACUGUACGUGUAGGGGAUCUCAUGAUGUGUGAAAUUGAAGAAGACAAUCCCCAUGACAAAUAUGCUGUGGCAGUGAAGAAUGAAUCUGGUCAAACUGUGGGUCAUAUACCUAUUGAGAUUUCGAAGAUUAUGAACAAGUUUAUUCGUGACUGUGGAGAGGUUGAGGUGGAGUGCAUUGGACACAGAUAUAAUGUUGGCCAAGGAAAAGGACUCGAGAUUCCUGUGGACUAUAGGCUGAUUGGGAAUCAGCAGUAUCUACAGACAGUAGUGAGAAGGCUGAAAAGAAAAGAUCUGGAUCUCAAUAUCAGUGACAUUAAGAAAUGUGACACAGAGUAA